AUGAAUUGGGCUUCGUUGAUCUUGUCUACUCCCCAUUACAGCCCGUCUGCAGCACAGACCAUAGUUCCCUCUCCAAUUACUCCGGCCGGUGAUCUGGGAGCUGUUAUUGCUGAAUCACCUUAUUGCAAAUCAGAAUCGUCUGAUCCAAUAGGAACACUGUCCGAAACCCCACAACCAGUAUCCCCAGUGGACAAACUGCGGACGAAUUUGCCCAUUAACAGUCCCAAACCUUCUGGGGUACCAAAAGUUCAAUCUGUUGCGAAAUACUGGACUUGGGGCGCGGAACGUGGUCGUUCCCAGAACGGACCAACCACACGAUCAUCCAGACGAGGUAUCAUUACCUCACAUUCUCUCACUGCUCUCAGAGCGGCCGAUCACAAUGGUCAGACAGCUCAGCACAACUCGGAAGAUGAAAACAAAUUAAAAACUAUCAUUCAUAUAGGUCACUUAACUGAGGAGUUGCCCAUUUCAGAAUCCACUGUUACUCAAGGAGAUCAAUUGAACCGACUGAAAUUGCUUCGAAGGCAGGUACAUCAUCGGGGAGCUGCUCAAGGGGAACGUAUCAGUCGUCAGUCCCACGGUGCAUCAACCCGAACCAUUAGCGGUUCACCUUGUUCACGCAGACAGACUGCAGAAAAUACACAGAAUAAACGAGCAGAAUCUCCGCUCACAUACGAGAAUCCACCGGAGACCGAUUCAGAGACCGGGUUGUGCACACGCAGUCAAGCUUUGCGUCAGUCCUCGCCGUCUACGCUGAUUGCUGUUGGUCGACCUCUUCGAACAAGUCAACGGGUGCGCACUUCAACCGGCCUGUCUUCGAAACCUUUGCUUCCACCUCGACCCAAAGAUGCAAAUGGUCAUAAUCAGUUGGAUCAAACCAAUACCAUCACAGUUCGCAUAGGGUAG